CAGAUGCUGCGGGAGUCUGUGGAUCACACAACUUGCAUGCAGGAAAAUAUUAUUACCAGAUAGAAAAAUACUGAGAGAAAUAAUUAGCGUGAAUGCACAGCUAGGAAAGCACAGACCUAUACAAUGCACCUUGCUGAACCCGGCAGCUGUUAUGACACAGACAAGCAGGGUUACACAGACUCUGUCACCACCGGUGGAGGGGAAACAAUCCAUAAUGUACAUGUAUAGAGGAAGAGAGCAGUUGCAUUGUAAUCAAUCACUGCGUUCUCUCAGUGAGGUAUUGCGUAUUGCGUGACACAUUCUAGCAAGAUAUAUUGGAGUAUAUGGAAGGCUGCAGACGGUCCUCCCGGGAGAACUAAUGCCGCAUGCAAACUUUGCAUCCGAGCAUUAACCAGAGAAUUGUCGGUCAUCUCACUGACAUCAGGAUCCUUGCCUAUAAAGCAGGGAUCACUCAGCGCCUAUGUAUGUAAAUACUGCCGCAGUAGCGAUGACAGUGAUAGUCAGAGUAGCGUCAGUAGCCAUGUAUACUGCACCGUGCCAGGACCUUGCUAGCAGGAACCCUUUGUUUUAGCGAGUCCCACAGUCUCCGGGUGAUCCGUCUUCCUCCUGUGCCUCCACCUCUCCAUCUCCUCAGCCAGCCCAGCAGCGCUGCCAAUGCGCCAGGAUAGAGCCAUCUCGGUGCCGGGGAUGACGCAGAAGAGCGAGCUCCCCCCAAAAAGUGUUUCAGGACGAAGAUGGCGGCAACUUAGCGCAGGACCAAGAUGACUGAGGCCAUCAGGAGGCAAAACGCAGGGUAUUCCGCCCAGUGUGCUAAGGAGAAAACACCUGGCUGAAGCCAGCAGCCCACCAGUGCGUCCUGCUGCUGCUGCUGCGAGCUCUGCACGGCGGGAGAAAGGGGAAAGGCUCUGCGGAAAGGGAGAGACGGCGGCAGCGCGGCCAGGGGGGAAGGAGGCAGCAUGCAGCAGCAGCCAGUGCUCCUCAGGAUGGGUGACCGCGAUCUGACCAUGCCCGGGCUCCUCUCCGUUUCUCCCUCCAUUGGAUGGAUGUAGCUGAUCCCCAGCACUGCGAGAAGUCACAUCCUGCCGUAGGCGAACGCUGUGUACGGGGGGAGCGCACUGGGAGACAAGGAAGGCAGAGAACGAGCACACCAAUCCCCAAGUCAAUGAAUAUUGUGGUGACACUGGCAGAGGAGCCCUCACGGUGGAGUCGGCCAGGGCAGCGCCUUCCCAAAAUAUGACCAGGGGUGCUUGGAUGUGUCGGCAGUUUGAUGACAGCUUCAGAAUUUGCUUCGCACCCCGGGAGAACGAGAAACCCUUCACUGAGUCAGAGAGGGCUCAGAAAUGGCGACUGUCUCUGGCAUCGCUGCUGUUCCUCACCGUCCUGCUCUCUGAUCACCUGUGGUUCUGCGCGGAGGCCAAGCUGACCAGGACCAGGGACAAGGAACGGGGUCCCCCAAUGUCACCCAUCAUGGCCGCCCUAUCAGGGGGAGGACGGUCCCUCUCACCUACCCCCAACUCACCGUCUCCGCACAGCCUUAGACCGGGCAACACAGCUAUUUUUCUAGGAAAUUCUACCAAACCUCCAGUGUGGCGGCGAGAGACGUGUCACCCCCAUAGUCCGGCGGGUCAGUGCUUUAUUGUGGGGGAUGCGGAGUCUGUCUGUAGGAACUUGAGCGAGGGGGCGAGGAAUAAGCCCUCUCUCUUCCACUUCAGUCAUUUUUACCUACCCUUUUGUAAUUCCUAUACACUUUCGGAUUUGUUUUCCGGGCUCCAGAGUCCGGACACACACGCGGCCCUGAGUGGGGACGGAGCCGCAUGCAGGCGGUGCGUUCAGGAGUACAGGGGCCACGAUCAGCACGCUCAGGAGAAGUACCAUGAAUUUGAAAUUGUGCUGCAGAAAUACUUACAGUCUGAUGAGUAUUCUGUCAAAUCCUGCUCCGAGGACUGCAAGACUGUCUACAAGUCAUGGUUAUGUUCCCAGUCUUUUGAAGUCACACAAUUUGAAUGCAUUAACAAAAUUCCGUGCAAGCAAUACUGUUUGGAAGUACAGACACGAUGUCCGUUUAUACUACCAGAUAACGACGAUGUCGUCUAUGGCGGACUAUCAAGUUUCAUCUGUACAGGGCUGUAUGAAAACUAUCCAACCAAUGCAGAGCCAGAAUGCUGUGAUGUCAGAUGGGAAUUAUCAACAGAUAACGAAUCCAAAGGGACUCAAAAACCACAUGACUCAAUGUUGUGUCACAGGACGUCACUUACAGCUUCAUCAGCAUCCAGACUGUGUAACAGCAGACUGAAACUGUGUGUUCUUGUACUGAUACUAUUGCAUACUGUACUAGUAGUUUCAGCAGCACAAAACUCUACAGGACUGGGUUUUGAAAACAUAAGAAUUUUGGAAGACCAUUCAACAAAUGAGGAAUAAACAAUUGGAAAUAUUUAAUUGGAUAGACAAGGCACUGGCCCACUCCAGCAAACCGCAACAGUUACAUGUAAAAGAAACGAGGUGCUUGUACCUUACAACCAAUUUUUACAAGUCAGUGUGUGCAAAAAUGGUGAGAUGGGCCAGGAUCCGAACUUCAAGGACAAAAUGGGACAGCUUUUUAUUGACUAAAAGGCUGUAUGGUGACUUAAAUUUCUCACACCAUUUUAUACACUGUGUUUUAAUGUAUGGAUUUUUUGGUUUGAUUUUGCACUUGUUAAUACAGGAUUUUAUUUUUGGGAUGGUUUCUCAAAGCUAUACAAGUCUUUUCACUGUCUAUAUAUUUCUAGCCAUUGUCUGUACUCAUCUUUUAUGUCCUGUCAAUUUCUAGUCUUAAGGCAGAACUGCUAUGACUACAAACAUAGCAAAAAUAACAACAAUACCAUCAAGUCUGCCCAUAUUGUUUUACCCAUCUCCUUGAAGCAAAAAAACAAAAAUAAAAAAACUACGAAAAAACAGUAUCAUAACAAACAAUAACAGAGUCAGCUUAGUUCCAAAUGUGUAAUUAUGAGUAAUGGGUACACCUACAAUGUGGGGUGUUUCUAUCACUGUUGCACAAGUGAACUGAGUGGGCAAAUGCUGGGAGAGGGUAAAAAUAGUGAAAACAACACUCACAAGUUGGACAGUUAUCCCAUUUUUAUGUGCGCCUAUAACAAACUGUGUUGUUUCAGUUCCAAUUUAAACAAACAUGUCCAGUUUUUCACUGGUCAGUUGAACAGGAGCAGCCUUUAAAAUUCAGUAUGUUGAACCAGUUAAGCUCAGUGAGUAAUAAUAGUUGAAGGCCUUCACAUUGGAGGUUACAUUUUGCACUCAUUGUGAAUUAUGUUUUAAUUUCUGCUAUAGCUACAGUGUUUUUAAUCAAAGAAAACACUAUAUAUAUAUUUAUAUAUAGUACGUGUGUGUUUACGAAGAUCAUGAAGAUAUAGAAAGUGUUGCUUACAGGUCCCAGAGAGGCCUUUUUUUUUAUUUCUUAGUUUAUUUAUUCUUACAGUAGCUUGGUAAAAUGAAGAGGCCGACAUAUUCAGCUCAAAGUCAGUGCUGUGGUCAUUGUCUGCUCAUGGCUUUGAAGUGGUUUAAGAUUUUCUAGUAGAAUCGAAUCAAAUCAGUGUGCUGUACUAUCAGUAGAUAGAGAUAAGAGCCAGUAUUACGGCAUGUAUUAGCUGUCAUUUAUUGGCAACAUAAACUUGGCGGUGCAUUGGAGAUGCCCCAUCCCAGUCUUUGUGAGAAAGCAUUAAACUACGUUAUAAAUAAACCUACAGUAUGUGUCUCCAAGCAACAUGAGCAGAUUUAAAUAUAAAUAACUAUGGCAAGUUAGAAGCAAUGAAUAUUAACUUUGCUUAAUUCAAAAUUGAUUCUUUUUUUUAUAGUCCAUGUCCAAAAACUAGCGCAACAAAAGCCCAGAAAUGUGCAGGAUAACUUAUGUACGCAUCUGUGAAUGUCUGUUUAUGAAGUCUAUUUGUAGUCUCAAUGCGUGUAAGUGGAGGCUGCCCAUAAUAUAUAUAUAUAUAUAUAUAUAUAUAUAUAAAAUUUCUAUAUAUAUAAAUAUUUAUAGAUAUAUAGACAGUUAUAUAUCUUAGUAUUAAUAAUACGUUACACAGUUAAUUUUUGGUUGUUUGUGUUACAGUUUGUAGUAUUAUCAAAGGAAGGUAAAUUUAUAAGGGCUGUGAAAAUAAUGAAACUUCAUUUCCUUCCUAUUCUCUUUCUACACUUGGAAAGUGCACUUCAAAAAUGUUUGCUGUGUAGCAGGGAUAUGAAGGAAAGCAUUUUAAAAGCAAACACAACUUAUUUACUAUAAGUUUCCCCUUUUUAUACAGUUAUCUUUGUGUAAUCUACUGCCUGAGAUACAUCAGAAGAACCAAUACUAUGCAUUUUUCACUUUAAAAAACCUACUUACUCAUAAAAAAAUUGUGCUGAUACAUGAAAUUAAGGAAUUUCGACAUAAUAGCGCAAUAAGAAUAAAAUGCAUUGGGGGAAAAUAGCAAAAAAUUUAUUGUAGUUUAGCGCUGUGUUAUUUUAUGAACAAUUUUAAAGAGAUUUGUGUGGGAAUACAUGGUGCUUUUUAUCGUUGGUGGGGCAUAUUGUAUCUUCAUUUACAUAUUGCAAAUAUAAGACUUGUAGAAUGAAUAAUAUAAAAAGCCUUAAAUAAUGGUAGAAUGUAGAUUUUAGGUAGAAAGUGUAUUUAAAUAUAGUGGAGCAAUAACUGAGUGGGACAUUAGUUCUAUAGAAAAGAGCAAAAAGAGGUCGCAAUGUAUGAAAAGCACUUACCGGGUGAGCUCUUGUUCAACUGAUCUACUGUUUAAGUACCUGUAUAUAUGGUCAGUAAACAGUUUGUUAUAACCUUUAUCUACCUCUGCUGGGCAAAGGCCAAUCAACAGUCUUUUCUUUAUGUGUUGUGAUGGGUAUAAUACGUGUCAUGUCCAUUUCAUGUCCAUUCACCUUUUUACAUAUUGCAUCAUAACAGUAGCAAGGUCUUAUACAUCAUAUCAAUAAAUGGUACUUUGGAUUGUCAAAAUAAUACAGUAAUACUUUGGAAUACUGUGGAGCUGCUGUAUAUUCCUAUGGUUUUACUGGUAAAUAAGACUUUUUAGUUGGUUUACUUGUUUCUUUUGCACUUUUUGCUUCUGCGUAAAAAUGUGGAACAUUGAUUGUGUCAUUGUAUUGACAAAAUUGAUGCUUAUUUAUUAUAUUCUAAUUAUAUAAAAAUUAAUUAUUUUACCAUGGUUGGCCGCAUAUCAUUUCCAGGCACAUAUUACUGCAUGUCAGAUGCAUGUAAGCACUUGAUGCAAUUCCAUCAGCAUAGUAUACUAAUCACCCUCCCUUUAUGACGUUCUACUAAACCUGGAAAUCUUGUCUUUUUUUCUGCUCAUUUUUUAUGCCAUACGUAUCUAUUUAUACAGUUCACAAUAAUGUAAUUAAUAUUGGCAGUCAGACUUAAAAUUAUAUAGAGUAAGGAAAUAAUGUACUUCACAUAGAGUCAGUAUUAAAAAAUUGGUGCUUUUCCAUGGACAAAACAAAUCCAUUAAUACAUUAAUUGAUAAAUCAAUCUUAAAACUAGAAAUUGCCCAUAGAAAUUGGUAUCCAGACUAUGGAUAGACACUGUACUCUAGAUAGACAGUCAAGAGGUAGACACCAUAUAAUCGAUAGACAUUAGGUUGACAAGGUCAAAAGGUUGACAGGGUCAAAAGGUUUAUCACAGUUUUUUUUCAACUUGUGCUUGGUUUACCAUUCACAUGGACUACAAUUGGGAAUAGUAACCUGUACCAAGCACAGCGGUAGUGGAGUAAGGAACCUUGUCCAAAGCAUGGUGAGCAUCUAUGUUAUCACUUAUUGGGUCACAGGAGGUGAAACAUACAACAUGACACAAAAAACCCUAUAUUUUUGUGUUGACCAUUUCUCUGUUGACCUUUUGUACCUAUCAACCUUUUUUUACUGUCUACCUUUUACAUGUUGACCUUUUUUGACCAUGUUGACCUAAUGCCUGUCGAUCAUAUAUUGUUGACCUAUUGACUUUCUAUCUCAUAACUGUAGAUUUUCUAUACCACACCCAUAAAAAUUAGGUCUAGCUGUCCAACUGAUUUAUACCUUUUUAAUCAAACUAAAGAAAUAAACAACAUAUCUUUAUUUUGUUACUAAUAUUUUGGAGGGUUUUGUUAAUUGCUUUCCUCCUGAUGAUGUCAAUCAACAAACCUUUAGAUCUUAGUUAGAAAAGUUUCCCAGGUGUUAAGACCUCUAGGCUAGGUACAGAAUAACUAUGUGAUAUGAAUGUAAGCAAUAUUUCUCUGGUUAUACUGUUUGUUUAAAAUUUCAAUGCAAUUGUAUUCAAAGACAUCUCAUGUUGGCUCUUAGUUUAACAUUUUGCCUAUCUUUCAUGAAAAACUGAUGUCAGUUUAUUUACCUACAGUACUAUAAGCUUAUAUGUACGCACAUAAAGAGUUUUCAUUGCUAUGCAUAUCAGUCAUUCCUUAAUCUUUAAAUUAUAUUUGUGAUGCAAAUAAUAACUCUUUAUUAACCACUUCCACACUUAGGGUAGAAUUCAAAUAGCUGCAGAAAUUUAUUGUGGGCUAGUUGAUCCCAGAAGUCAGCCCACAGGUUACACUUAACUUUAUUUUUCAAGACCGAGUAGGUUUAAAAAAAAAAAUCCCUGUUAAAUAGCUUUUUUUUUGCGAGCCAAGGCAGUGUUAAUUUAUCCCGGGUUCUAUGUGUUAACACCAAAAAACAUAAUUUAACGAGUGAAGAAAAUAGGCUGCAAUUGAAUAGUCUUAAGUGAAAUAUCUUGAGGCUAACACCAUUCCCUGCCCCCACCCUCCCGUAAAAUUAUGAGGUAUAAUUGAAUUCACCCCUUAUUGAGGUUAUAUACUGUAUGACUCCCAAAAUCUGCUCUAGGUAGCAAAUACCUUUCUAUUCAGUAGCAUCUGGUGACGGAACCUAAAUGUAAAAUAUCUUCAAGAGCAGUUUUUCAGCAUAAAUAAUAAUUUAUUAUUUUUGUAUGAAAAUAUGAAACCAAUUCUCAAACCAGAAAAUAUAUAUAAUUUAUAUCUAUAAAAGUUAAAUAUAUAUUUUUUUAUGUGUUGCUGCAGUAGAAAUAUACUUAUGUAAGAAAUAUAUUCAUUUGCUGCUAGUGUAGCACAAAAGAGAGAGAAUGAAGAAAUAGCUCUGGAUUUCUAUAUUAUGUUUAUGCAGGAGAUUACAUGCACAUACAAAUAAAUAUUCAUACAUUUUAAAUGCGUACAUUUUUUGAGUUUACAUAAAAAAAUCCAUUUCCCAUUAAAAUCUGUCAUUUUUAUACAUUAUUUUACUGAAUUUUCCCAAACAAGUCCAAAGGAAAAAUUGAUUAUUGGUUGGCAUAUCAGGAUCUGACAUAUAGUUGCAUUUUCUCAAAAAGUAUAGCUUUGCAUGCCCAGAUAUUUGUCAAUUUCAUAAAUAACCGAUUAAAACUAAGGUAGUAUUCCCUGCUUUCCUUACAGGCACUAAAACAACCAUCCCAUAAACUUAUACCACCAACUGGAUGCGGUCAAUAUACCAACAGUUCAUUUCAUUUCUCACAAUACACCAACACAGGGAUUCGAAUUGGGAUUUCCAGCAAUACCUGUCUCCACUAUUGAUGUAACCCUAAAUAUCUUGAUUUCCCUACAUGUAAUACCUUGCCUUAUUUAAAAUGCAAUUUUCGACAGAAGCUAACAGUGUUUAUGGUCUUAUUUACCAGUUUUGAUUUCUCAUAAUAUAUGUUAUGCCUGAUGCCUUUUAUGUCUAAUCAACAAUUCCUAUAUCAUUAAUGCUUAAAUCUUAAUUGUAUGUCUGUUGUUUCUGUUCUGUCUUUUUAAUUCUCAAUCUGCUAUACCUUGUAUUUGCUUUUACUGAAAUGUUUUUUUUUUUAUAUUAAUUUCAAAGGAAUGGCUACUGCUGUAUAAUGUGUUUUCUUUUAACUAAGUACUUCCAGUGCAGCAGUGACACAUGCACUCCCUUUUGGAGACUGCUCUACAACUGCAAGCAGACAAGUACCUGCAUUUGAAAUUAAACAAUAAUAAUCAUGUAUGAUACAGUCAGAUUACAUUCCAUCCCUUUGCCAUUGGUAAUAUUUGUAUGGCACAGAUUUGAGCAUGCUUGAGUUGUUUGCAUCUUACUUUGCCAGAAUGAAUUUGCAUCUUGCACCCAUUGUAACCACUAUCCUUAACCACUUCCCUUCAUACUGUAUGCCUAUACAUACAUGAUUAAAAUGGUUAAAAACAAAACAAAAUACUAAACAAUAUUUCUGCAAAUCAUAAUAAUGGUUUUUAUUUUUGUAUACUUGUGGUACAGGUUAUUACCAUGUCUCCUAUGUCUUAUUUUCAGAAAUAGGGAAAAUCCACAUUUUUUGCAAUAUGUUAAUUCUGCUAAGCCAAAUGUCAUUCUACACAAUCAGAGCUAUAUGUUAUUAUUACUUAUUGGCAUUAACAUUGGUAUUACAUUAUACUGGGAUUUUUGUUCAUUAAAGAGACAGUAUUCAUUUUUAAAAUUUGGCAGCAGAAGGGUGUCCUUCUUAUAAUUAAUUUGGAAUAUUGAGCUUACUGGAAAAUCAAAUACAAAAACCUUAGAAACAGGUCAAUAGGCACAUUAAUUAGCAGUUAAACAUAAUACAUCAUUCUAUAUAAAGUUGCCUUUUGCAGCUAUAGAUUAGAACUCUCUUGUUUUAUUGGGAAACAAAUAACCCAGUAUGUUUAUUACAAUAAAAUUCCUAAAACAUGG